AUGCACACUAGAGAUCGCAUUCAUCCUGGACAGCUCAGAUUAGUAUGCACACUAGAGAUCGCAUUCAUCCUGGACAGCUCAGAGAGUGCGAAGGGCCUUCUGUUCGAUCAAGAGAAAGCAUUUGUGCGCUCCUUCAGCAAGCGGGUGGCACAGAUGCAGGUGUCCGACUGGCAUCUGAAAACCCGUAUGGCACUCAUCUACUACAGCAGCUCAGUCCAUAUCGACCAGCACUUCAAAGACUGGCAGGAGCUUGACGUCUUCCUGAGCAGAUUGGCGGACGCCAUCUACAUCGGCCAGGGAACGUACUCCACAUACGCCAUAUCCAACACCACUCAACUCUUCACCAGCGAGACCAAGGAGCAAAGUGUGAGGGUCGCCCUGCUCAUGACCGACGGCAUCGACCAUCCGCGGAAUCCUGACAUCAUGACGGCGGUCGCCGAGGCCAAAGGCCACAACAUUAAGAUCUUCACAAUUGGCUUAUCAAACUUGGCAAAGGACAACGUGAACAGUGCCAAACUGCGGGUCGUAGCGAGCAGCCCAGCGCAGCAGUACUUCCACAGCCUCACUGACCCCAAACUGGAGGAACGGCUCCUGCAGCAGCUCGAAAUAAUUGCAAAGAAUGAAUGUCCACGGCCACCGGUGUGUUUGUGUGAGAAAGGUGAACGCGGUCCUCCAGGAGCUCCUGGUACUAAAGGAGAGCAAGGUUAUGAAGGAGCAACUGGUCAAAAAGGCUCAAGGGGGGAAACAGGAGCACCCGGUCUUCCAGGAAUCAACGGUCCAGAGGGAAGACCUGGGUUCAAAGGGGAUAAGGGAGAUCAAGGAAACUGUGGACCACCAGGACAAAAGGGACAUAAGGGCACCGAAGGGCCUCCAGGGCUGAGGGGCCCCAGAGGAGAGCAGGGUCUGAAAGGGCCUCCAGGAGACCAGGGACAUGAGGGUCCAGCAGGAACUAAAGGUGAUCGAGGGCCGAUUGGUUCAUCUGGCCCACCGGGAGAUAUUGGAGUCGGAUUUCCUGGUCCAAAGGGAGACAAAGGGAACCCAGGAAGACCAGGUCUUCCUGGUCAGGUCGGCAUAGGUCAGCCAGGACAACCUGGUCCUCCAGGUUUACCAGGAGCACAGGGGAACCCAGGAGCUCCAGGCGAAGGACUUCCUGGGCCCAAGGGUGACCGUGGAUAUGUCGGUGCUGCAGGUGGACGUGGACCCCCAGGUUAUGGAAUUAAAGGUGAAAAGGGCAAUGCAGGACCUACUGGAUCACCUGGACCAUUAGGAAUGCCUGGCAGGGGGAUUCAAGGAGAGAAAGGGAAUCAGGGACCAGCUGGUCCUACUGGUCAAAGAGGGUAUCCUGGGAUAGGACUCACGGGACCAAAGGGAGAACAGGGUUUCCCUGGAGAACGUGGAACCCCUGGAGAAAGAGGAAUUGGAGAACCAGGACCCAAAGGUGAACCUGGGUUACGAGGUUUACCUGGUGAGGCAAGUGUACCAGGAGAAGAUGGAGCCAUGGGAGCAAAGGGUGAUAUAGGCUUACCAGGACCCAAAGGACAAGACGGACCUCCAGGAAGAGGCAUGCCUGGAGAGAAGGGGGUUCGAGGGGAGAGGGGCUCCCGAGGCCUACCAGGACCAUUGGGACCAGUUGGGCCAGCAGGGGCAAAGGGAGAACCAGGGAAUGUUGGAGUUCCAGGUGUUUCUGGGCCUCCAGGACGGGGCAUACCAGGACCUAAGGGUGAUCCUGGAUAUCAGGGUUUACAGGGGCCAAGAGGGUUUCCUGGAGACGGUCUACCGGGGCAGAAGGGGGAUCGUGGGUUACCCGGAGCACAAGCACGUAAAGGAGACAGAGGAAGCCAGGGAGGACCAGGAUCUACUGGACCACCGGGUAAUACAGGAACAAAAGGAGAACCUGGUCUCACGAGAGAUGAAAUAAUCAGCUUAAUCCGAUCUAUUUGUGCAUGUUUUUGUCUCUGUGUUCUAGAAGUGGAAAGUAAACUGCUUCAAGAGAUCUGUGAGAACAUUGAUGGAUCGAUAUUCAGCACUACCUCCAAGCCAGGUGCAGUUGGAGAGUUGUUCCCCUACUAUGAUCCCAAAGCGGACGGAACUGACAUUUUAGGCACUAUAGCACCAUAUUUGGAAAGAGACGAGCUGAACCUCCUCCCAGAUUUCUCUCUCACGCCAUUGGACCGGCCCAAACAGGACACAUACGGGACUGACCCACCGCUGCUCAUACAGGAUGAUUUUACACCAGACGAGGGAUGCCUUCAGCCUCUGGAUCCCGGUCCGUGUCGAGAGUAUGUUGUUAAAUGGUAUUUUGAUCCAAAAGCCAAUUCAUGUGCUCAGUUCUGGUUUGGAGGUUGCCAAGGCAACAAAAACCAGUUUGACACUCAACAGGCCUGCAGAAAAUCCUGUGUGAAAAUGUAAGUCUUAUCAUUA